AUGAAGAAAGCGCUGGCAUUACUUCUUGUUGGUAUGAUGGCCACUGCUGGUGUGGCACAGGCAUCUGAGGUCAUGGAAAACGAAGGUGCUGUCUUCGAGGAAGCUCCACUGGAAACGACGGAGCAUAUGUACUAUCAGGAUAAUAAGAAGCCCUUCUACGUCAACAACCAGCCGUCAUAUAAGCCGAAAUACAAGAACUACUACCAGAAGAAGAACUUUUAUCAGAAGCAGACCUACAUCUACACGAAGCAGCCUAUCUACACCAAGCAGCCUAUCUACACGAAGCAGCCUAUUGAGACGAAGCAGCCCAUCUACAAGAAGCAACCUAUCUACACGAAGCAGCCCAUCUACACGAAGCAGCCGCAAUAUGAAAAGUCGUACCAGCCGCAGUACAAGCAGAAAGAAGUGAAGACGUACAUUCCUCUGAAAGAACAGAAGCAACAGCAAGUAUACCAAAAGCAAAACAACUACCAAGCAGAGAAAGAGUACUAUGCGCUGAAGAAGCAGUACAAGGGCGAGCAACAGAAAAAAUAUCAGAAUGAGAAGAAAAAGCCGUACCUUUCGAAGAAAAAGUUCUACGGCGAGGAGAAUAACAAUCAGUACUACUGGUAA